AUGGCUGGGAAGGUCCAUCGCAAAGGUACCACAGUAGCCCUCGCUCCAGCCGGCGUUGGCCCUCUUGGUCGGGUCGCUCAAGGUGGACGCAAACGGGAAGGUUUCGGUAACGAUCCUUAUCCUUGUCUUGCCGGAAUCCUUGCAGGCGCUACUGUGCGAGGUGCACAGGAACAAGGAGUUAUUGCGUGCACCAAGCAUUUUAUUGCAAACGAGCAGGAGAUUGGGCGCAAUCCUCUUCAGGCCACGGAUGCGAACAAAAAGACGAUCGAGACACUAUCGACUAACAUCGAUGACAGAACCAUGCAUGAACUCUACAUGUGGCCCUUCGCUGAUGCAAUUCAUGCAGGCACUUCAAGCAUCAUGUGCUCCUACAAUCGAGUCAACGAACUUUACGCAUGCCACAACAGCCAUCUCCUAAACGGGUUAUUGAAGACGGAGCUUGGGUUCCAAGGGUUCGUCCUCAGUGAUUGGUCAGCUCAGCAUACUGGUGUCAAUAGCGCCCUCGCUGGUCUUGAUAUGGUCAUGCCCUCUGGCUUAAUCUACUGGGGACCAAACCUCAAUCAGGCUGUUCGAAAUCGCUCCGUCCCUGAGUCUCGCAUCGAUGACAUGGCUACAAAAAUUCUCACUGCCUGGUUUUACUCCGGUCAAGACAGUCCAGACACACCAGUGGUGGGUGUGGAUCUCCCAGCCGACUUUACUCGCCCUCAUCAGGUCAUCGAUGCUCGAGAUCCUGCGGACGCGCACAAUCUGCGUCAAUCUGCAAUUGAAGGUCACGUCCUGGUGAAGAAUAUCAAUAAUGCUUUGCCCCUCCGCCAGCCUGACAUCAUCUCCGUUUUCGGAUACGAUGCUCGCCCAAUCAGCAUUUACAAUGUCGGAACAGAUGGUCGUGGUACUUGGCUGCAAGGCCUUAACUCCUUCCGUUCUUCCAUCUGCGGCUUUCACUCCUCCCGCUUCCAGUCAUGCCCUCUCAUGCCGGCUAUUCAGUUCAACGGUACGGUCUGGACUGGCGGUGACUCAGGCGUAGCAACCUCGACCUACUUUAUCUCUCCCUUUGAAGUUAUUUCGGAAGAGAUCCGCAAGUACGGCAGUACCACGUUCUGGAACUUUGAGACCUACGGGUCUAAUAUCACAGUGAAUGCCCAAUCUGACGUCUGUCUUGUGUUCAUCAACGCUAUUGCUGCUGAAGGAAUCGAUCGCGCCAACUUGCGCGACGAUUUCUCCGAUGGCAUUGUCAAGAACGUCGCCGACCGGUGUCACAACACUGUUGUGGUUGUCCACAACGCAGGUAUAUGUCUCGUGGAUCAAUGGAUCGAUCAACCGAACGUGACAGCAGUUCUGUUCGGACACCUUCCAGGACAGGACUCAGGGACUGUUUUGGUUGACAUCUUAUUCGGAAGAGCAAGUCUUAGUGGCAAGUUGCCCUGA